AGAGUCGGAGCGUGGUGGGGGGCUCGGGGCUAUUUUUGUGGCUGCUCAGGGACCCGCACCGCUCAGGGACUUCGGGGGGCCGUUUAUGGCUCCGACUCCCGGCCCCCGGGGAACGGCGCGGAGGUGUGGGCGGGAAGAGCAGCCGUUGGAGGUCGAAGUGGGCGAGGAAGGGGGCUUGCGGCUCUCUGUCGGACCGGGGGCUGCUCGGGGGACCCGGCUUCAGGAAAGAGAGGACGCUCCUGAAGCUACGCAGAUGCUACUGCGGAGGGGACUGAGCGGAUUGGAGGAUGCUCGGGGGCUCCAGGGAUCGCGGCUUAGAGGCCUGGGUGCAAACCCUGCCUCUUCUGAACGCGGCGACCCCAUGGCUGCGGAGGCUGGGCUAGGCUUGCCCGGGACCGCUGGACCCUUCCUCCCGCGGGGCUGCCCUCCCUCCCUCGCUAGAGAUCGGGCUUCACUCCUGGGCCUUUGUCUCUUGGCUUCGCCGCUUCACCAAGCGCAGGAGCCUGGAGCCCUACUGCCCUCUGCCCAUUGGCUCCCUGGGGUUGUCCAAUGCGGUUACAUCAUCAUAUUUGCAUAUGACAUUGAGUCGUCACCAAGGCCAGCUCCUCCCCGCCACCCUCAGCUCCCCCAACUCUGACUGUCCUCUGGUGACCCGGCCGGGUUGGAGCUGGAUAGAGGCCUGAUGGGGAGAGGCCUGUGGCUGGACUGGAGGGACCCGGGAGGGUUGGGGGGCGGGGGUUAGAGUUCGAGGAAAUGACAAUUACUAACCUGAAGCCUGACAUCUAGGUUUAGUGGGUCUGGUCUCUCCAUAAGGCCACCGAGGGCAAGUAAUGAUGAUAUGCAUUAGACUUUAAAACUCCUGGGAAACUGAGACCUUUCUGUGCGAUUAGAGAAACACAAGCUCAGGGACUCCAAGAGUUGGAAGGCUGAUGCUGAUGCUGUUUCCCCUUAGCCUACCUAGCUCUGACUUUCACUCCAUAGUGAAAGACUACCCUGGGAAUGAGGGAAGUGAGGCACCAGUGGCAGGUAAUACAAUCCUGGAGCUUAUGACCUGUGGGGCAACAUUGCCUGUCUGUGGUCCAGUUGGAGCUGGUGAGGUCUCUGUAGGGCCAUUGAAGCUGGGUCUUCCACUGCUACCUCCCCCACCCCUACUUGUGCACCAUGUUCCAGCGCCUCACCAGCCUCUUCUUUAGCACCAGCCCACCCUCUGAGGAGCCUCCCUCUCCAACAGCCUUCAUCUGCCCUGAGGAUGAGGAAGAAGUGGAUGGAUGGCUCAUUAUUGACCUGCCUGAUAGUUUUGCUGCCCAACCAAGCCCCAAACCAGCCCCCUCCUGCUUGCUGGAUGAGAGCUGGUUUGUUACCCCUCCCGCCUGUUUCACUGCAGAGGGGCCUGAGCUGGGGCCUGCCCACUUGGAAAGCAGCCCCUUGGAGGACCUGCUCAUCGAGCACCCCAGUAUGUCUGUCUACGUCACUGGCAGUACCAUCGUCCUGGAGCCUGAGCCUGACCCCACGGUGACCCCACCCCAGAGCCCGCCCCCAGCCAGAGCUGGCUACCGGGAGGUCAUGCAAGUACAAAGGGAUCCAGGCCCCAGGCACCACACAGCCUCGAUGCCCCCUCGGACAGCAGUGCUGGAAAAGGCCAGUCAGGCCCGGUGGGUGCAGCGGGCCCGCCAGAGGGCUGACAGACAGAGGCUGAGCCCAAAAAUUGUCCAGCGGCAGAACCGUGUUCGAGAGCGCCACCCCCGCCGGUCUAAGCACCAGGGCAGCUUUCUCCACCAACCGUGCCAGCGCCAGUUCAAUUACUGACGCCCCCGAGGUCACCUGUCUGCCCACUCUGGGCUGCUCCAAUCUACACUGCUCUCAAAUAAACCUCUCACCAGCCUCCCUCCCUCCCCCGCCCCCCCCCCCCCGCUGACAACUACCCCUUACCCACUUAUUCUCACCAGCCUGCUCCUGCCACCUAUUCUGGACCUAAGUGGUGACUCCCACAUGCUCCAUGGACCUGUUGCCCAAGGCCCUGCUUCCCCAAGGGAGCCUCUACCCAAGGAGAGGGAGAGGUGUAGCUAGCCAUCCCUGUGGGGUAGCUGCCUCCCUCUGUUCAUUUCCCUGUCCAGAUGCCAGUCCCUUACUUUGGAUCUCUGCAUUCCCCAACUGAUUCCUCCCACUCCCUACCUCUAAAUCCUGAUCCCCCUCUUCAUCCUUGAUCCCCAUUUCCCUACAUCUGACUCCACCUGCACACAUACAAAACACUGGUUCCAUCACAACUCUGUCCUUCCCUAACCUCUCUCUGAGGAUAUCUUGUCAGUGAGUGACAGAAGUCUCUUUUCUAAGGCUCCCUGACAAGCCUUGGCAACUAGGUUGCAAUGCCCUAAGGCCCAGUUCCUAUUGUCUUUACUCUAGGACAGAAUCCUUAGAGCUGGCCCAGGUCUUUGAAGGUGAAGUAUGUUGGAGAGGGCUGUGAGAUGUGAAACUUGAGAGUGAAAGAAUGGAGGGAUUCAGACAGGAACAGAAAGUCAGAGACAGACUUGAGAAAGACAGUGAGUCAGGAGAAGCAGCUUUGGAGGAGGGAACCCCUGGAUUUUUACUAGCUGAGAGGGACCCACAACCCUGGCUUAGAAAACUGCUUUUAUGGAGUAAAUAGGUGGUUUCUUCAGUCUGAUGCUACCACACACCCACUUCUGGUCCAGGUGAUUCCUCCCUCUCCCACCCUGCCCCAAACUUUUGGAGUUGGGGAGAUUCAGGAGACCCUGUGAAGCCUGGACUAGCAGUUUUCCUGGGGCUGGGGGUGGGGGCUCUCUAGGGACUGGGUUGAGGGCAGUGAAAAGGAUAACUUCUGACCUCAGCCUGAUGGCUCUAAAUGACUAGGCUGCUCAAUUUACUUCCUGCCUCAACACCAGAGUUCUGUGCUUUGCAUUAUAAAUGUCUCCCCCACCCUAGAGCUAGGGAGAAUCCUCUUUGCUCCAGGAUGGGCAGAUCUUCUGGUGGUCCCCUUUCCCGUGUUGACUGCUGUUUAGAUCCAGGCCUCGGAAGAAGGGCAGAGAAGCACCUCUUCUGGCCCUUUUACUGCCCACCUGUUCUGAGGUUCUCGCCCCUAGGAAACUAGAGUUAGUAUCAACCUUUACUGAGGUUCCCUACUGUCUUUCCACCUGCAGAAACCAGGUGGCUGUUCUUUAUUUUUUCCUGAGGUGUGUGGGACAGGGAGAGAAGGUCCCAAAACCAUGGCCAGCCUCAGACUUAAGAAGUAGCUGCCCCUUUUGAUGCUGUGGGCUGUGAAUUCUGGGCUUAGAUACCAGCAACUGUCCCCUUGCAAUGCCCUGAAUUGCCCCUGUCAGUUUUUCUAGAUGUCAUUCUUUUUUCCUGUCUCUUCAUCUUGAUUUAUUUCUUACGAUAGUUCUGUCUCUUGAAACUUUCAAGGAUUUUUCCUCUAACACGAGUCACUCUGUCCACAUAGUCCUUUUCCCAUUACUUGGCCCUGGCUUUAUAGCCAGAGUACAACAGGGCUGGCUUCCUGCAUCCAGGUGCCUAUAGCUUCGUUGCCACGUGGGCAGAGGCCCCCACCCCCAAGGAGUAAACGAAAUUAUUUUUUAAAAAUUAAAACAAGAUGACAUUUUAAAAAUACGUUCAGCUCACUCAGAAGUCAGUGACUAAUAUCGCACCUUGUCCCUCAACCCUUUUUCAGGAGUCUUUCCCUAAACCCCACUUCAGUGGCCUCACGCCCAGCUACGCUGCGGCUUCCCAACACCUGAGAUUUCCAGAGUUCCCAUCUUCCAUGUCCCAGUGCUGAGGAGCUGAGUUUGAUACCUAGUAACUGUUUAAUGGGGACUGGAGCGAAGGAAGCCUGGAGAACAGGAGCCUACGAUCCUAAACCUUGUUUGCCUCCUGUUAAUGCCUCCCCUCACAAUUCCUUCAAGUCUUUAUACCCAAGGAUCAACACAAGCUGAUCAUGAGACUUUUCUAUCAUCCCACAGACACUGUCGCAUCUGAGUGUGGCAAUAUUUUAUGUCUAGAUUUUUAAGACCUGACACCGCUCCGUCCCCUGUUUGUUCGACUACAGAGCCACCAGAUCUUCUCAUACUAUACGGACUGUGUAUGUGCCUUUCACCCUUAGCAUGGUUCAAGGUUUUUCAAACCACAGAACUUGAACAAAUUAAGGAACCAGUGUAUUCAUGAAGUCCUAUGCAACCUAAGACAGGGAGUCAGAGUUUGCAGUGACAACUGUCAGAGACAUUGAGGAAAUGACCAGUUUGUGGAGUAUUAGCUAGACAUCAGUAUAACCAGCACUUCCACAAAAUUGUGUGCGUGUGUGAGUGUGCGUGUGUUGGGGGAGAUGCCCAUCUUUUUGUUCUAAGAAUUUGUUUUUAAAGGGUAAGCACUGUUCACAAGGGCAGCAUCACUCUUUCCCUGUUGAGUCUUGAGAGCAUGAACCUGCCCUUCCCUUGCCCCAAGUAUCACUUCCUGGUCCCCUGCUCCCCACUCUUUAUCCCACAAGGGCCAUUGUGUGUGUGUAUUUACCUGUACGGUUGUGACCGGUUUUAAGCAUACAUGUGCAACCAGGAAUCCACCAAUCCACCCCUUAGACAGAGCGCCUCCUCUCCUCUCUUAGAGGGCAUCACUGCCCCCCCCCCGGUGCUCCAGAUCUCGAAUGCCUUACUAAAUCCACAUGGCUUUGAACUAGGGGGCUUAAUGCAGACAAACCACCCACUUUCUGAUACCUAUGACUGUAGCCCUGCCACCUGGUUCCAAACAAAGCUAACAAGCUGUGUCUCUGUCAUAUGCUGAGCCCAGACUGUAGAAGGAACCUUCCUUAGGAUGUUUAAAAUGUGUAUUGGUGGACUCAAGGAUGCAACCACCUUGACGCUGUCAUGGUGUGUGUGUGUGUGUGUGUGUGUGUGUGUGUGUGUGUGUGUGUGUGUGUGUGUGUGUGUGUGUGUGUGUGUAAGUAACAGGACUCUUGAGUGUUAGACUGUAACGCUAUUCCUCUGUGGGGGAAAAAAUUAAUAUAAAAGAAAACACAAGAAAUAAAAAUCUAUUUAAAGCAUA